UGCUGUCAGCCGGCGGCUGACGCAGGGCGCUUCCUCCCGGGGAUGAAGACCCCUGCGGCGGGCAACCACCAGCCGCCGCGCCCGGCGCCGCUCGGGGCAGACGGGGACCCUCCGCGCCCGCGGUAGGGUGUCCCUCCCCUUUUCCUUCCCUUCCGCGCCCCGAAGCCCCCAGCAUGGAGCGCCCUCUCAACCUCAGCUGCUUUGCCGAUACGACCCCGGACACCGGCAACCGGAGCGGGAACUCCGCCGGUCCGGACGGGGACCGGGCGCCCCUCUCUGUAUUCAGCGUGUUGGUCCUCACCCUGUUGGCCAUGCUGGUGGUGGCCACGUUCCUCUGGAACGGGCUGGUCCUGGCCACCAUCCUCCGGGUGCGCACUUUCCACCGGGUGCCCCACAACCUGGUGGCCUCCAUGGCCAUCUCCGACGUGAUGGUGGCAGCCCUGGUCAUGCCCCUCAGCUUGGUGCAUGAGUUGUCGGGGCGGCGGUGGCGGCUGGGCCGGUUGCUCUGCCAGGUGUGGAUCUCCUUCGACGUGCUGUGCUGCACCGCCAGCAUCUGGAAUGUCACAGCCAUCGCCCUUGACCGCUACUGGUCCAUCACUCGCCAUCUAGAGUACACGCUCCGCGUCCGGCGCCGCAUCUCCAAUAUCAUGAUUGCCCUCACCUGGGCACUUUCUGCCUUCAUCUCCUUGGCCCCACUGCUCUUUGGCUGGGGAGAGACUUACUCGGAGAACAAUGAGGAGUGCCAGGUCAGCCAGGAGCCUUCCUACACCAUUUUCUCCACCUUUGGCGCCUUCUACCUGCCCCUCUGUGUAGUGCUUUUUGUGUACUGGAAGAUCUACAAGGCUGCCAAGUUUCGAAUCGGGUCUCGGAAGAACAACUCUAUCACCCCCAUUACACGAGAAGGCCUGGAGGUAAAAGAAGCUGCCCAGCAGCCACAGAUGGUCUUCACUGUCCGUCAUGCCACUGUUACGUUCCAGACGGAGGGAGACACGUGGAGAGAGCAGAAGGAAAAGAAAGCUGCCCUCAUGGUGGGCAUCCUUAUUGGGGUCUUUGUGCUCUGCUGGAUCCCCUUCUUCAUCACGGAGCUCAUCAACCCCCUCUGCUCAUGUGACAUCCCACCCAUUUGGAAGAGUAUUUUUCUAUGGCUAGGCUAUUCAAAUUCCUUUUUUAAUCCACUCAUCUAUACUGCUUUCAACAAAAACUACAACAAUGCCUUCAGGAACCUAUUCUUUAGGCAGCACUGAGCAGAAAAAGCUUUCCUGCUGUCCCAGGAAGAUCAUUUCAACUCUCAAUGAAUCCUAUCAAAUUCUUGAGGAAGAUCAAAGCCACAGGUACUGAGGUGAAUCUAUAGAUGCAUCCCCAUGUGUCAUACGUCCCAGCAACAGUCCUGGUUCCUAUGCAGACUCUCCAUCCCCCUGCUAAGUCAGCUGCUAUUUUAACUGCAAACAGCAUGUAGAGUUUCUCUGGCCAGCAGCAUGGCAUUCUCCCUCCAGUGCCCUUUCCUAAUGACGUUCUGUUUGGUGACAGUAACCGUGCAGAGGAGUCUGCUGGCAAGGAGUCAUAUUUGAAACUGAUUUGGCUGCUGCCGGUCUCUCACAGCAUUAACAACUUUGUCCCAUGUGCAAAGCUGGGACCCUUUAAUGUCAAGAGAUUUUGUGAUUAUCUAUAAAACUAGAUAUUUUAUGGGUUGGAUGAAAAGACUGUCUUUCACUUUUAGAGAUUGUUAAGUGUUUGUUUGGGGAAAUAAAACCCUCAGUAAUGGUUAAGAGCGGACUCUAAGUACAAAGCCUUUUCUCACAUGCUAUAUCAACAGCGAAUUGUGCUAUUUGCUAUUGGUAUUCUGUGUAGCAAGUUGGGGUCUUUUAAAUUAUUUAUUGUGGAAGCUUAAUGCAUGGUGUACCCUGGAAUGAGAGAGAAUGCAUGGGAAAUCCACUCUCGUUCUCUGACUGCUACGUGUGAGCAUCUGCCUGAGAUCUUUACUUUCAGAAAUACCAGCCAUAAAUGUUAAUCUUUGUGUCUGUUGCUUCCCAUUUUAAACCAUAAAUGUGUUUUGAGCAGCUUUGGGGCAAGUUUCCUGUAAUUGCAGGGGAUUCAGGAAGUGUAUUUCCAAUUGCCUGUCAAUGAGGAGCUGUGUUUUACUAUUUCUGAGUGCAAUUCAGGUCUUCUUGAAACCAAAGGCUCCAGUCCUGUGUGGUCAUUAUUGCUCUGUUGCCUUCCUGCCUUUCCAUGUUGCUAACAUAAUUAUAACAGUUGCCCUUUCACUCUUAGAAUUAGAAUUAUGCACUCUACGCUGCACUGCUAGAAGACUGACAGGCCUUCAGAUAAAGAAAAGCAUUAGUUUUAGCUGUGGGUUGUAUGGGGCAGCCGCUGAAAUCAGACCAGAAUUGAAAUGGUGGAGAAAAACAUGAGACAGGAAUCGGAAUGACAUGAUUUCGUGUCAGAUAUCUUAAGAAGAAGAGAUAAGAGAGAAAAAUGUCAAUAAAUCAUGGGAAAAACUCCCUGGGGUGGGUAGGAUUAGUUCCUAACCUUAGAAGAUUGCGAGACAUCAGAUGUUAAAAUUGUCAGCAGUCCUUUAAACCAGUCAAAAGUCCUGGUAGAGUUGGUAAUGAAAACCCUUUUUCUUUUCAUAUCUCAGGACAGGUGAAAAUGGAAGCAGAUCUCAAGGUGCUAUCAAGUGUUGAGGCUCUUUCAGGAGCAGUUAGACAAACAUUCAUCAGGACUGACAUAGAUGUAGCUGAUCCUGCCUUGUGGCAAGAGGAGAAAUAGGGUGGCCCCUGAGAUCUUUUUCAACACUAUUUGAUAAAAGUCUGUUUGAAAUAUUGGGUAAAAUCCUGCCCUCAAUGAAAGCAAUGGACAAAUUCUCAGUGAUUUCAAAUAAGUCAGAAUUUUAUCUAGCAUGUCUUGUCUUGUCAAAGUAUAGUUUUAAUGUUAAUUCAAAGAGAAGGGUGGGAUAGGAGCAAUCUUCAAACUCCCCUGAAAGAGUCUCUGAUCUGCACUAACUGUGGACCAAUUGGUAGAGAUUUCUUUGUUACAUAAUUUAAAGCCUUAUUAGUGACAUCUCUGAUGUACCAAAAAUUGUAAUAAACUCUUGAGCAGCUUUUUUUUUUUUU